UUCUCGGAAUCUGAUUGGCUGGAGCAUAAACGCUAACUGCCGCGCAGUUUAAACCUGAAUCCUGGUCUUCGCGGAUUGUCGCGCUUCCCUGGCAAGUGUGGGCACCCACAGCUGAAGGGGUCGCUGGUAGGCGUGGACGAGGCCAGCGCGGCCAGCAAGGCCUGCGAAGCCGGAACCCUUCUCGGUAGCCACUCCUGGCGCCUCAGUCCUCGCCGCCGCGCGUCGGCUUGCAGGGCCGGGACGCGGAGCCGGGACGCGGAGCCGCCUUCGGAUCGGGGCGGUAACCUCUGUUCUGACUUUGAGCUCCCAGCUGGGCGAGGGGUCGCCACUAGUUUUCAGAAAUGGAGUACCCAGGGAUAAAAGUUGACACUGUUACCUCUGGAAUUCAGAGACGAGUGAAGGGCAGAAUUGCAAAGACAAAUUUGAAUGUUUCUCUUGCUUCAAAGAUCAAAGCAAAAAUAUUAAACAAUUCUUCUAUUUUCAAGAUCUCUCUAAAGCACAACAACAGAGCAUUAGCGCGGGCCCUUAGUAAAGAGAAAGAGAAUUCUCGAAGAAUUACUACCGAAAAGAUGCAAUUACAGAAAGAAGUAGAGAAACUGAAUUUUGAGAAUACCUUUCUUCGCUUAAAGUUAAAUACCUUGAAUAAGAAGCUUGUAGAAAUAGAAUCGCAUGUGAGCAAUGAUUUGUUAACUGCAAUUGAAAUAAGCAGUCUUUCUGAGUUCCACCAAGGUUCUUUUCUCCUGUCAGCUACCAAGAAACAAAGGAACAGUAAGCAGUGCAAGCCUGCGCAUCUUCCAUAUGCAAGAGUUCUGUUAACUUCAGAAAAUGAUGAUGAUGAUGGUGCUGAUGAUAAAUGGCAGACAAAGUGUAACAACAGAACUAUAUCAAAGACCUCACCUGAUAGUACCUCUUCAGUAUCAAGACAACCUUCAUCCUUACAUCAGUGCAAUUUGAAAGCAUUCCCUCCUAAAGAAGAUAAUCAGAAGACAUGUGGGUCAGGUCAUUUAGAACAUACUUCAAGUGUUGAUAUACUUCCUAAUGAGAGCCACUCAGAUCAAAGUCCUAAGAGUUCUCUGAGUGAGAUGAAAACUGCUCCAUCUCCCAGCCUCAGAAGGGAAAAAUUAUCACAUGGUAAUGUGACUAUGAGGAAGAAGUGUGUGUCUUCAACUCCAGACAUUCUGUAUGUGACAGAUUUAGAUCACCAACCAACUUCAAGUCCAGGAUCAAAUUGGAAUAAUGAGAUACAUGGUCAUACUAAUGAAACCAGCAAUAACACGCAAAGAAAUGCCGAGUGUUUUCUUGACUUACCUUCUGAGUCUUCCAGUGAGCCUGACGCAAAGCGCAUGGAGCUAGUGCAGAAGAACACCGAUAGCUUUCACUUCCAGAAAACUGUAUAUGAUGCCGCUGAUAUGGAGUUAACUGCUACUGACAUAGGCAAGAUUGUAGCAGUUUCAAAAAGCAAGAAAAAUCAAAAUAAGAAAAAGGCAGACUGUAGAAAGGAGACUUUCAGAAAAGUGAAAGGUGCAAGCUCUGAUAAAAAGAGAGAAAGCUCAAAGAGAGAAUGUAAAGAUGGUUCAGAAGUAGGUGCUGAGGAAGAGGCUGAUGCAGCCAGAGCAGAAAGAGGCGCUGGUGUCCUGGAUGGCAGAGGGGAUUCAGAAGAGCCAAACUGCAUUUCCAGUACUGAGCAGCCAUCUCAGGUAAACACGCAAAAGAAAAGAACCCUCCAGAACAGCUCAGAUCAGGAGAACAUUCAAAAUACGAAGAGGAGGCAAACAUAUACGACAGAUGAGCAAGAGGAAACAAACCCUUUCUCCAGACAUUCAGUCAAAUUUCUUCAAGAUGGUAAAUUUGAUCUGUGUCAGAAAACCCUACAUCAUAAUUUAAGUAAGCCUUCUCGACAGACAUUUGUGAUUCGUAAGUCAGAAAAAGAUAACUUAUUUCCAAAUCAAGAAGAUAAAGACACCAUUUCUGAAAACCUAGAAGUUACAAAUGAAUUUCAUAUAGAUGAUCUUUCCAUCGAAGCUAAUGAAAAUGUAUGUGACCAUGAGACUCAGACAAUGUUGGACUUGAAAAAGUCUGUCAGUGCUCAACAAAAUCAAACAAAAAUAAAUAAGACUAAGCAGAAAAUAAAUCGAAGGACAAAAAUAAUUUCUGUCAUGAGCCAAGUAUAUGAGGACAAUGAUAAAGAUAUUCACGUCCUAGAAAAAGACAACUUUCCCUUUCAUACCCAAGCAAAUAAAGAAACCACCAGUGGAAACCUAGAAAGUUCAAAAGAAUUUGAAUCACCUCUUCUUUUCACAAGAGACAACGGAAGCUUACGUGACUGUAAGACCCAGAAUGUUCUGGAUCUGCACAAGCAAAUUCCUGAUCUAUACCCUGAUCGGAAUGAGUCCCAGAUUAGCAAAAUCCCUAGGCAAAAAGUAAAUCGCAAGACAGAAGUAAUUUCUGGAGUGAAAUGUUUUAGUAAUGACCAAGGUGUUCAUUGCUCAGAAAAGGAUAAGUCUUUGUUACUACAAAAGGAUAAAGACUUCCCAGGAACUUUAAAAGACUUAAGUGAGUUUGAUACGCCUGCUUUUUGUAACAAAGAUAGUGCAAAGUCGUGUGAUUAUAAGUCUGAAAUGCUCUUGGGGUUGAAAAAACAUGACCCUAAUAUGCAACCUGCUUGUCAAGAUGAUUCAAAAGCAGGUAAGAAACUUAGACAAAAGGUAAAUCGAAAAACAGAAAUAAUUUCUAAAAUCACCCAAAUACAUGAAAAUGAUAGAGGAAGUACACAUGACUCAUUAAAUAAGAAGCUCUGUCAGAAGGUUAAUAUAUCAAAAAUCAUUUCUCAAAUGAACCAAAUAUAUGAGACUAUUAAUGAAGAUGGAAAUGGCUUUAAAAGCUCUAUCAAAGAUUGCGAAGAUAUUAAAAGUUGUGACUUUGGGGAAAUCAACAGUAAUAAAAAGGAAAAUUAUGAUCCAAUUCAAGAUCCUUGCACACUGGUUAAAAAAACAAAGAGAAAGGGAUCAUGUAAAGCAGGGAGCAGUUUGGCAGGAGCUAAGAACAGGUGUGGUUUGCAGUUAACAGACUCUUCCCAGGUACAGUCUGUCCCCUUAGACUCUGGCUUAAGACACCAUCCAAACGAAGCAGAUUCUGGUCCUGGAGAGCAGACUAACCUGCCAAAGAUGCAGAAACAAAGCGCUGGGAGGUCACUGGGAGAUGCUUUCUCUGUGAGUCUGGGAAAAGAAGGAAGCCGCCCAGCCAAAGCAGUUAGUAAAAUGACACCCAAAUCAAAGAAGAGAAAGCUCCCUCUCGGUUGUUCUCCUGAAACCCACGGGACGGUGGAGAUAACACCCAACACUGACCUCGCUAAGGCUGUUGACUCCCAACAGACUGAGAAGGAGAACUAUUUGGAGAAGGAGAAAAUUGCCAAGAGGAAGCCAGAUUUUUGUACAAAGGUGUUGAAACCUUUAUCUGAGACAUGUUCAUCUAACAUAAAGAAUUCUUCCUUGGACAGUAUGUGUAAGAGUUCGCUACCUUUGAGUAUUUCUUCUAGAAAAACCCUGAUGCUGGAAGAAAGUUCUUCCCUGGAGAGUACAUGCAUCUUUCAAGUAGGUGAUGCCGCUCAUGAGAAGAUAACGACAGGCACACGUAAUCCCCACCACAGGACACAGAAGUCGACACCGGGUAGCAGAACGUCCCUGGUCUUGGUGGAUACCAGUUCUGUUUCAGAUACCAACCCUGCUAACCCCGAGAAUGAGUCAGAAGGGCAGUCUUCACACCCAAUGAGAAGGAAAAGACAGUGCGUCCCUCUCAACCUGACAGAGCCAAGCCUUAGAAGCAAGAUGAGGAGAUAAAGUCGAAGUGAAGUGGACAUGGAUCCUGGUUUUCCCGAGUUCUCAAAGCACGGGUCAGAACAGAAGCACAAGAAGAACAUGAAACAAAGACGGAUUCAGUUGUUUGAGUUUUGUACGUGAAGUGUUUGGUUUUGGUUUUGGGGUUUUUUUGGCCUUUCUUAGAUUUUGCAAGAUCUAUGUGCAUGAAAUAGCUAUAUCUUAGAUAAUAAACUUUUUUUUAAAAACAUUGGUCAUCACAUAACUUGUUGAUUUAAAUUUCUAUCAAAUUUAUAUAACCAAGCAACUAUUCUUAUUAACCAAAUAAAAUGUAUCAUUGCAUUGGUUAUCUUGUAUAUCAGGCUAUCUUGUCUUCCUAACAUUGAGGAUGCCAUCUUUACUGCUAAAACACAGGAACACACCACCCUGCCUGUGCAGUGGAGGUUGGAGGCCUUGUUAACAGAACAUUUACUUUGUGGGGAGGGUUGCCUUUCUGACAUCUGUUCAUGCUCCAGGAAUACUGACCUCCUGGAAUCCCUCUGACAGUAUAGUUUUUGUUCCUUUUUUUUUUUUCUACCUUUUAUGAGAUUUCCCUUUAUUUCUCUCUCCCAUGCAAAUUACUUCAUAUUUUAUACCAAGUAUCUUUCUUUUACUAUUGGUAGAGUUUGAUCACACUUAAAAAAAACGUUUUCAGGUUAUAAAGUACCCAUGGUUUUAAUUUAAAAAAUGUUUAGGUUGUGUGCGUGCACACAUUCAUGCUACAGAGCAUGUGGAGAGUCGGCUCUGCUUUCCUCAUGAGGACCUGCUAGAGGGUGGAACUCAAGUCACCUGCUUUGCUUUUUGCCCACUGAGCGGUUUUUGUGAGCCCUACAUUUAAAUUUCAGACUAAUACAGAGUUUGUUGUAUGAUGUGAAGUAUACCUGUAAUAUUUUACUAUUUCUCAAGUGAUUUAUUGACUUAAGAGCUCGUAUCUAUCUACUGAUUUGAAGUUUUUAGCGUUGUGUUGUAUUCCCAUGUGUGUCAAUUGUUGAUUUUCCUGACUCCUAUUCACUUAUGUAUCAUUUUAUCAUUAAUUCUCUUUAUUUAUUUUUUAAAUACAAAUUAAAAAAAGUUUUAAAGAUUUAUUUAUCUAUCUAUUUAUUUAUUUAUCUAUUAUAUGUGUGUACACUGUAGCUGUCUUCAGACACUCCAGAAGAGGGCAUCAGAUUUUUGUUAAUAGAUGGUUGUGAGCCACCAUGUGGUUGCUGGGAUCUGAACUCGGGACCUUUGGAAGAGCAGUCCGUGCUCUUAACUGCUGAGCCAUCUCACCAGCCCAAUUAAUUCUCUUUAGAAUGUCAGUAUUUUCCUCAUAAGUUUUGAAAAUCUUUUAAUAAAUUUACCAUUAGGCAUUUUGUUCUUCUGUGGGGUUGGCACAAGCGAGGCUUUCUCUUCAGUUUUUCUAAUUUACUGUUUGCAAAUAUGAAGAUUACUGAAUUUUGUGUUGAUUAAUAAACCCUCUUAUG